CGUGAAGCCAAAGAAAUCCUUAAGCAAAAGAACCGCUGGGAAAGAGCCCAACCCAUUUACAAACACUCAAUCAAAUUGUUAAAAUAAUACGCCAGAAAUAAUAAAGAAAACAAAAGGCAUCGAGAAAUUAAAGCGAGAGCCGAGAGAACCAACAACACAAAAGCAAAAGCAAAGCAACCAAAUAGAAAUACAAAACCCCCCCCACCAAUGAUUCAAUGGCGGCCGUCGCCGAAUUCCCCGACGAUAACUCCGUCCAUCCCUUAUUACUACCCAGCGCACCGCCCGACCAAAACGCCGCCGUUCACCCGUCCCGCCGCCUAGCCACCACUUCCUUCACAGUCGCCGCCGUCGCAUGUCUGUCCCUCCUCCUCGCAUCUCUCACGGCCUACGCCUUCUGGCCGUCGGAUCCGACGCUGACGAUCGUGCGGCUGCGGCUGACCAAAGUGAAGAUCCACACGGUGCCGUUUCCUAGCGUCGACAUAACGGUGCGGGUGACGGUGGAGGUGCGAAACGUCGACGUUUACUCGGUGGGGCUGACGAGGCUGGACGUGGUGGUGUCCUACAGAGGGAAGAGGCUCGGGGAGGUGACGGCAGCGGGGGAAGGGAUGCCGGCGGUGGUGGUGGGGGCGCUUACGACGUCGUAUUUGGAGGCGGAGAUGGAAGUGAACGGGAUCGGCGUUUUGUCGGACGGGUUGUUGCUGAUGAGGGACUUGAAGAGAGGGAAGGUCCCGUUUGGUACGGUGGCGGAAGUUGGUGGGAGGUUGGGUUUCCUCUCUUCUUUUGGAUUCCCUUUCAAGGCAAAAAUGUCAUGUGAAGUGUUGUUGAACACCCACAACGGAACAAUCGUCCGCCAAGGCUGUAACAUAUGAUCAACUGUGCCUACUGUCUAUCCCAAUUCACUUCCCGGUUCACUUCCAAGUCUUUCAUAUAUUUAUGAUUAUUAAUUAAUUAAUUAAUUAUUAAUUAAUAUAUAAAAAUAUAGGUUGUGAGUUACU